AUGGCUGACCACGAGACCAGGAAGACAACCACGGAUCGCUUAGAAGACGCGAUUGCGCGCCUCACCAAUAGCCAAGCCAACCUCAAUGAACGAUACACCAACCUCUUCGAUAAGGUAGAUUCCAUUCUGGAUCACCUCCGUUUACGUGAUGAACACCAGAACCAACCCUCUGUCAGCAACACGAACAGCCACCGCAACACAGUUAAACUCGAUAUCCCUCGUUUUGACGGCCGUGAUCCCCUAGGGUGGAUAUUCAAAAUGAAUCAGCUCUUCCAGUACCAGAACACACCGGAAGAGGAGCGGAUCACCGUGGCUUCCCUGUACCUUGACGGCGCUGCCCUCAGUUGGUAUCAGUGGAUGUUUACCAAUGGUUUCAUCACCUCAUGGCAAGGCUUCAUCCAAGCGUUAGAGUCACGAUUUGCUCCAACGUUUUAUGAUGAUUCGAAAGGCGCACUAUUCAAAUUGGUUCAAUGUGGAUCUGUGAAUGACUACUUAACGGAAUUUGAACGUUUGGCUAAUCGCGUGGUAGGCCUCCCUCCACCUUUCCUAUUGAGUUGCUUUAUUUCAGGUUUAAUCCCGGAGCUCCGACGAGAGGUGUUAGCUCUCCAACCUAUCUCCCUCCUUCAAGCAACAACACUCGCGAAAUUACAGGAAGACAGACUACGAGAUAGAAAACCUCCAUCGCAGCGUCUCUAUCAAUCAUCGCCGUCAACCUCCUCGUCUAACCUGAGCACGAAACCGAAGCCUCCUUACGUGCAGUGGACACCGGAAGACAUGGCGUUUCACCGAGAAAAGGGCCUAUGCUAUAAUUGCGAUGACAAGUGGAGCUCUAACCACCGUUGCAAGGGACGCAUCUUACUCUUCGUAGCUGACAAUCCAACUCAGGAUUCCGGCGAACCAGGCUCCACAGCUCCUAGUCUCGCCUCGGAAGAAAAUUUAGGUGAUCCUGAUUGUGUGACAGAUCCAUCUCCUCCCCAUAUAAGCCUUCAUGCCAUGUCCGACUUACCUUCAUCGGAAACUUUUUGCGUGUAUGGCACCAUCCGAAACGUGCGCAUCACCGUGCUCAUAGAUAGUGGGAGUACCCAUAAUUUCCUCCAACCGAGGGUUGCACACUUCCUCCAUCUGCCCAUCGAGAACACCCAGCCUCUCCGCGUCCUCGUCGGAAAUGGGUCCACGUUGGACUAUGACAAGCGUUGCCCCGACACCUCACUAAACAUUCAAGGACACUCGUUUCCGAUCACCUUCCACCUCUUUCAGAUCAGUGGAGCUGAUGCAGUGCUCGGCAUCGAGUGGUUGAAGCAAUUCGGCCCAGUCACGACGGACUAUACCUCCUUCAUUAUGAGGUUCAAUCACUUGGGCCAGGAGGUUUCCUUACGAGCUGAUGUCGCUACUGGUCCAGAACCCGCUUCGACAGCCCAAGUCAAACGCAUGAUUCACACAGGUUCAACUUCAGCUUUGUUUCAUUUAUGCAUUUUAUCCGCUAACCCCGCAGAAGAAGCCACUACUCACCUUCCUCACUUACUCGAACCUAUUACGAAGCUCAUCCUCCGUUAUGAUCAGCUGUUCCAACCCCCCAAAAGCUUGCCUCCAUCGCGCGAGGUGAAUCAUCGUAUCACCCUCUUGCCAUCCACAGCUCCGGUGAACGUACGUCCAUACCGGUACCCUCAUUUUCAGAAGGCUAAAAUCGAAAAAAAAUUGCAGAAUUGCUCUCCGCGGGCUUCAUACGGCCAAGCACGAGUCCAUACUCGUCUCUGGUCCUUUUGGUGA